GGAACCGAGCAGAUGCUCUUUUUCAAUGAGAGACGCUCACGUUCUCUAACUGGUCCGGGUCUAAGUGACUGAGGGGGGGAGUUUAAACCGAGUUUACACGGAAUACGGCGAAUGCUCAAGACCAAUUUAUCAGGUGUAUCCGUGGAAAACAGUCCAGACAGCUGCAGAGAGCAGCGUGAGGAGGACCUGAGUGAAGAUGUCUAUCUCCACUCAGCUGGGCCUGCUACUGUGGAAGAAUUUCACCUACAGAAGACGACAAACGUUCCAGCUGCUGAUUGAGAUAGUCUGGCCUCUUUUCAUCUUCUUCAUCCUGAUUGCUGUGAGAUUGAACUACCCCCCAUAUGAACAGCAUGAAUGUCACUUUCCCAACAAAGCCAUGCCCUCAGCGGGCACUCUGCCAUGGAUCCAGGGCAUUGUCUGCAACGCCAACAACCCCUGCUUCCGCCACCCCACCCCUGGAGAAUCCCCCGGAGUCGUCGGCAACUUCAAUGAUUCUAUAAUCUCACGACUUUUUUCUGAUGCAAAGAAAAUCUUACUGUACAGUCAGAAUGAUAAAAGUCUGGAUGGGUUUAAAGAGCUAAUCCAUGCAGUGAAAGCUCUGCAAAACAACACUUCAGGUUUCAGGCUUAAAGAUUUCCUGAAUGACAACGAGACCCUGUCCACAUUCCUCAUACAAAAUGCCUCCUUCUCUGAGAAUACUGUCCACAACGUUCUGCAGGCAAAUGUGAACCUGGAAAAGGUGCUAACAAAAGGCUUUGGGGUACAUCUGAAGGACAUGUGCAACACCUCCAGUUUGGAGGACUUUGUAAAUAUCACAGACAGGAAGGUGGCCAAGCUGACCCAGGAUAUCAUCUGCAGCUCCUCACAAAACUGGCUGAACCAGGCCGAAAGCCUCUUCAUGGCCAACCUAGACUUCUUCAAGCCUAUAAGGUCAGAUGUAAGAUCAGGAAGCAGCGAUGCCCGUCAGGUCGCCAAGGCCACAGAAAACCUUCUGGAAAGCCUGGGUUCUCUGGCUGUGGAGCUGGCCAGUAUGCGGAGCUGGAGUGACCUGCGAAAUGAGAUCCUCUUCCUCACCCAGAAUGCUACUGGUUCACCCAGUCAGAUGUACCAAGCUGUAUCCCGAAUAGUGUGUGGACACCCCGAAGGUGGCGGGCUCAAAAUCAAGUCACUUAACUGGUAUGAGGACAGCAACUACAAAGCCCUGUUUGGAAACUAUAACAGCAGUGAUGAGGAGCCGGUUUCAGUGUAUGACAACACAACCACUCCUUACUGUAACAACCUAAUGAAGACCAUAGAGACUAGCCCCAUCUCUCGCAUGAUCUGGAGGGCUCUGAAGCCACUGCUCAUGGGAAAGAUCUUGUACACCCCUCAUACACCUGCCACACAGAAGAUUAUCCAUGAAGUCAACAGGACAUUUCAGGAGUUGGGUGUCCUCAGAGAUCUGGGCGGAAUGUGGGAGGAGACCAGGCCCAAAGCCUGGAACUUCAUGGAGAACAGCAAGGAGAUGAACCUAGUCCGGACAUUACUGCAGAACAAUGCCACAGCCACUUUCUUCAGCACCCAGCUCACUGGAACUCAGUGGAGUGUCCAGGAUGUUAUCAGUUUCCUGUCCAAACAGUCGGAGGACACACGCCCACAUGGGACAGCAUUCACAUGGAGAGAUGUCUUCAAUGAGACUGACCAGGCCAUUAUGAGCAUAUCCCGCUUCAUGGAGUGUGUAAAUCUAGAUAAACUGGAGCCUGUGAGUACGGAGGAGAAGUUAGUCAACGAGUCUCUGGGUCUCCUGGACAACAGGAAGUUUUGGGCUGGAAUUGUGUUCCCCGACAUCGACUCAAACAGCUCAGAGCUCCCACCCCAUGUAAACUACAAGAUCCGCAUGGACAUAGAUAAUGUGGAGCGCACCAACAAAAUCAAGGAUGCGUACUGGGACCCUGGCCCCAGAGCUGACCCAUUUGAGGACCUGCGAUAUAUCUGGGGUGGAUUCUCUUACCUGCAGGAUGUUAUAGAGCAAAGUAUUAUCAGAGCAGUAACAGGGACCAAAGAGAAGACCGGAGUCUACAUCCAGCAGAUGCCUUACCCAUGCUAUGUUGAUGAUAUUUUCUUGCGUGUGAUGAGUCGUUCCAUGCCGCUGUUCAUGACCCUCGCCUGGAUGUACUCUGUGGCCAUCAUUAUUAAGAGUGUGGUGUAUGAGAAAGAGGCCCGCCUCAAGGAAACCAUGAGGAUUAUGGGAUUGGACAACGGGAUCCUGUGGUUCAGCUGGUUCAUCAGCAGCCUAAUUCCUCUGCUCAUGAGUGCUGGACUACUAGUGCUUCUGCUCAAGAUGGGAAACCUGCUCCCCUACAGUGAGCCCGGUGUGGUCUUCCUCUUCCUGAGCUCCUUUGCUGUGGUCACCAUCAUGCAGUGUUUCCUCAUCAGCACAGCAUUUGCUAGGGCCAACCUAGCCGCUGCCUGUGGAGGAAUCAUCUACUUCACCCUCUACUUGCCCUACGUGCUGUGCGUGGCCUGGCAGGAUUACAUUGGCCUUCCCACCAAAGUCAUUGCUAGCCUGCUGUCUCCAGUGGCGUUUGGUUUUGGCUGUGAAUACUUUGCUCUGUUUGAGGAGCAGGGAGUGGGCAUCCAGUGGAGCAACCUCUUCUCCAGCCCAAUGGAGGAAGAUGACUACAGCCUCACCACCUCCAUUAUCUUAAUGUACUUUGAUGCAUUUCUCUAUGGUGUCAUGACAUGGUAUAUAGAGGCUGUGUUUCCUGGUCAGUAUGGCAUCCCCAGACCAUGGUAUUUCCCAUUUACCAAGUCUUACUGGUUUGGAGAAGGAGACCAAAAAUUGAAACCCACUAUACAGGGGAAGAAAGCAAAUGCAGAAGCUGUGUGCACUGAGGAAGAGCCUACUCACCUGGACAUGGGAGUGUACAUUGAGAACUUGGUGAAGGUCUAUCGCCACGGCAAGAAGUUGGCUGUGGAUGGCCUGACGCUGGGCUUCUAUGAAGGACAGAUUACCUCCUUCCUGGGUCAUAACGGAGCAGGGAAAACCACCACCAUGUCUAUUCUGACUGGUCUGUUUCCACCAACCUCUGGCACGGCAUACAUCAUGGGCAAAGACAUCCGAUCAGAGCUGAGUGCCAUCCGGCAAAGUUUGGGUGUGUGCCCUCAGCACAAUGUCCUCUUCAGCAUGUUGACAGUAGAGGAGCAUGUUUGGUUCUAUGCACGCCUCAAAGGCCUGCCUGAAGAUGCAGUGAGAGCCGAGAUAGAUCAGAUCCUGUAUGACACUGGACUGCCACACAAACGCAAGUCCAGGACAAGUGAGCUCUCUGGUGGCAUGCAAAGGAAGCUUUCAGUGGCCCUUGCUUUUGUUGGAGGGUCAAAAGUUGUCAUUCUGGAUGAACCAACCGCUGGUGUGGACCCUUAUGCACGUAGGGGCAUCUGGGACCUCCUGCUGAAGUAUCGUGCAGGCCGCACUAUCAUUCUCUCCACUCAUCAUAUGGAUGAAGCAGACAUCUUGGGUGACCGUAUUGCCAUCAUCUCCCAUGGAAAACUGUGCUGUGUGGGUUCCUCUCUCUUCCUGAAGACCCAUCUGGGAACUGGAUACUACCUCACUUUAGUAAAGAAAGAACCAGAAGCUUCUCUCAGCUCCUGCAGAAACUCCAGCAGCACUGUCUCUUAUGUCAAGAAGGAUGAUGAAGCCUCAGAGAGCAGCUCAGAUGCUGGUUUAGGUAGCGAUCAUGAGAGUGAUGCUGCCACAGCUAUUGGCUCUUCAUGGACUGACUCACCUAUUGUUCCUGCAGACAUCUCUCUCAUCUCAGGUCUGAUCAUUAAGCACGUCCCCAACGCACGCAUGGUGGAGGAUUUGGGACAUGAGAUUACUUAUAUCCUGCCCUAUGAAUCUGCCAAAGAUGGUGCCUUCGUUGAGCUCUUCCAUGACUUGGAUGAUCACCUUGCUGAUCUGAGCAUCUCUAGCUAUGGUGUUUCUGACACCACCCUUGAAGAGAUUUUCCUGAAAGUGGCAGAGGACAGCGGAGUUGAUACUGAAAUGAUGUCAGAUGGUACCGUUCCCAUACGCCGACGCAGACGGCAUGCUUUCGGAGCGGACCACCAGAGCUGCCUUAAACCAUUGACUGAGGAUGACAGAUUUGAUGGCAAUGAAUCAGAAGCUGACCCCGAUUCCAGGGAGACUGAUUAUUUGAGUGGUUCAGAUGGUAAAGGCUCAUACCAAAUCCAGAGCUGGAGCCUAAAGAGACAGCAGUUUGUGGCUUUGCUGUGGAAGAGAUUUCUAUAUGCUCGUCGUUCCAGGAAAGGCUUCUUUGCACAGAUUGUUCUGCCUGCUGUGUUUGUGUGCAUUGCUCUGGUCUUCAGUCUUAUUGUUCCCCCAUUUGGAAAAUACCCCAGUCUUGCCCUGCACCCUUGGAUGUAUGAGGAUCAAGUCAUUUUUAUCAGUGAUGAUGCUCCUGAGGAUGCCAGCACACAAAAUUUACUUGCCGCUCUAUUGGAAGGCCCUGGGUUUGGAACACGCUGUAUGGAAGGGGAACCAAUACCAGGUGCUAAUUGCACUAUGGGCGAUGAGGACUGGUCUGUACCGGAGGUUCCAGAGAGUGUGCUAGAGGUGUUCAGGAUGCAAAACUGGACUAUGGAGAAUCCCUCCCCAGCUUGUGAGUGCAGCUGUGAUGGCAAGAAGAAGAUGCUCCCAGAAUGCCCUGUCAGUGCUGGAGGACUGCCACCUCCAGUGAUGAAGAUCAGUGAGAGAGACACCCUUCAAAACCUAACUGGAAGAAAUAUCUCAGACUAUCUUGUGAAGACUUAUGCUCAGAUCAUUGGCAAAAGUUUGAAGAACAAGGUCUGGGUCAAUGAGUUCAGAUAUGGAGGUUUCUCAUUGGGUGCUAGAAGCACUCAGUUACUUCCACCUGCUGAGGAGAUAGAUGAUGCCAUUUCUCGAGUGAGGGAAAUAUUUAACUUGGAAAAAAACUCGGGGACAGCCGCUGAUCGCUUCUUAAAGAGUCUCUCUGCUUUCAUUAAUGGCCUGGACACCAAAAACAAUGUGAAGAUCUGGUUCAAUAACAAAGGUUGGCAUAGUAUUGGAGCUUUCCUCAACGUGAUGAACAAUGGUAUUCUACGUGCCAAUCUGCCUCCAGAGAAGGACCCAAGUAAAUAUGGCAUAACAGCCUUCAAUCAUCCUCUAAACCUGACCAAAGAGCAGCUCUCCCAAGUAGCACUGGUGACAACCUCAGUGGAUGUGCUGGUGUCCAUCUGUGUGAUCUUCGCCAUGUCCUUCAUCCCUGCCAGCUUUGUAGUCUUCCUCAUUCAAGAACGUGUGAACAAAGCCAAACAUAUGCAGUUCAUCAGUGGUGUACAGCCAUACUUGUACUGGCUGGCCAGUUUCAUCUGGGAUAUGUGCAACUAUGUUGUACCAGCAACCCUGGUCAUCAUCAUCUUUGUGUGCUUCCAACAAAAAGCCUAUGUCUCCUCUACCAACUUGCCUGUACUGGCCCUGUUGUUGCUUCUGUAUGGAUGGUCCAUCACACCUCUGAUGUAUCCAGCCUCAUUCUUAUUUAAAAUACCCAGUACGGCUUAUGUCGUCCUCACUAGCGUCAACAUCCUUAUUGGCAUCAAUGGCAGUGUGUCAACUUUUGUAUUGGAGUUGUUUGGCAACAAUGAGAUUGGUGGCAUCAAUGACAUUCUGAAGAAUGUGCUCCUGAUCUUCCCUCACUUCUGUCUGGGGCGAGGUCUGAUUGAUAUGGUGAAGAACCAGGCCAUGGCUGAUGCUCUGGAGCGCUUUGGUGAGAACCGUUUCCGUUCUCCUCUGGCAUGGGACAUGGUGGGUAAAAACCUCUUUGCCAUGGCAGUGGAGGGAGUGGUCUUCUUCAUCAUCACUGUCUUUAUCCAGUACCGCUUCUUCUUCAAACCUACACCUCUGAGUGCUAAGCUGAGUCCAGUUGGAGAGGAGGAUGAAGAUGUUGCCCGGGAGAGGCAGAGGAUUGUUAGUGGAGCAGGACAAGGAGACAUCCUGGAACUCCGAGAGCUUACCAAAGUGUAUAAGAGGAAACAGAAGCCUGCUGUGGAUCGACUUUGUGUGGGCAUUCCUCCAGGCGAGUGCUUUGGUCUACUCGGUGUGAAUGGAGCAGGAAAGACAAGCACAUUUAAGAUGCUGACAGGAGAUUCUGUAGUCACCAGUGGAGAAGCCUUUUUAGCUAGGAAAAGUAUACUCAGGGAAAUAGACCAGGUGCAUCAGAACAUGGGCUACUGCCCUCAGUUUGAUGCCAUCAAUGACCUGCUGACAGGCAGAGAGCAUCUGGAGUUUUACGCCAUCCUGCGUGGAGUCCCUGAGAGGGAAGUGUGCGAGGUGGCUGAGUGGGGCAUCCGCAAACUGGGCCUGGUAAAGUAUGCCGACAAAGCCGCUGGAAGCUACAGUGGAGGCAACAUGCGCAAACUUUCCACCGCUAUGGCGCUCAUAGGAGGCCCACCAGUGGUGUUUCUGGAUGAACCCACUACUGGUAUGGAUCCCAAGGCCCGCCGUGCACUGUGGAACUGCAUCCACAGUGUCAUCAAAGAGGGUCGCUCUAUCGUGCUCACCUCACACAGCAUGGAGGAGUGUGAGGCCCUGUGCACCAGGAUGGCCAUCAUGGUAAACGGCAGAUUCCGCUGUCUUGGCAGCGUCCAGCACCUGAAAAACAGGUUUGGUGAUGGGUACACCAUCAUCCUGAGGGUAGCAGGCCUCAACCCAGACCUGCAGCCUGUGAUUAAGUUCAUCGAGAGCGAACUGCCUGGCAGCACACUGAAGGAGAAGCACAGGAACAUGCUGCAGUAUCAGCUCCCCUCAUCCCUCUGCUCCCUUGCUCAUAUCUUCAGCAUCCUUGCCAAGCACAAAGACAUCCUCAGAAUAGAGGACUACUCUGUUUCCCAAACUACACUGGACCAGGUGUUUGUUAACUUUGCCAAGGACCAAAGUGACGAUCACUCUGACCACUCGAUACGGCGUAAAGAGCAUAAAGAGGCAGUGGUGGACAUUCCUCUGUUCAGCUCGCCAGUUCCUUUAUCGAGAAAGGAGAAACCCAAGGAGAGCUUUGUUUGAACAAAAGACUUUUUUACACUAGGAGUAAAACGAGCCAGUGAAAUUGAUUUAUUUCACAUUGCCGUUCUUGGUUUUCUGUGGCAGUCUGCUAAUUAAUUUGCUUGGUCAGCUGUAUCAGGGCUGCAAGAAUAUGCUGGUGCAGACACAGUCGCUGAGAAACUCAAUGCAAGUCAAUGCAAGAAAAAAAAAAAAAGAGUCCACUCGGGAUUUACUGUGGAGUCCAGAUCACCAUUCUAAUCCCAGAUGAGAGUGUGAAAGUAAAACUUGAAUAACUGCCAUAAUUUUGUUCUCGUACAGACUGUUCAGAGAAUGUGAGUCUUUGUACAGUUUUUGUAUUCGUAGUUGACAAAUCUAUGUUCUGUAAUUUUGCAUUGGUAUCUGCGAUUGACGGGAAAAUUCAGGGUCAGUUUCUUUUUGUUUGUAUUAGAAAUUACAUGAUGAAGAAUCACAAUCUUUUUUUCUUGACCCGCCAAGGGCUAAAACUGCAGUAGAAAUGCUGUUAAAUUGAUUAUGUGCCUUUAUUUAUGAACAAACAUAUGAAAAGUCCAGUGGGGGCAUUAUUUCGUACAAUAUUUUUGCAAGCAGUGCCUGACUUUUAAUAAUGCAAUCUGAGAGAAGCAGGAGAAGUGUUCACUGUUGAGUUAGAAACAUACUGUACAGAGAAAAUGCUGAUUUUUUGAAGAGAUUUAUUUAAGAGGAAUUGCCUCCCAGUCACGAAAUGUAACACAUACCUCAGCAGAUACAGGAACAUUUUGAAGGACGUUUGAGUAGUCGAUUGGAAGAAGAAUCUUCUUACAUAAGAUACUGACUUGAAAGUGUGUCCUUGGGGACGGGCGGUUGGGGGGGUUUGUAAACCAAUAAUCCCAUAGGCCUUACGACCUCAAGUAAACCUUCAAAGCCAAGCUAAUCUUUUGUAGUACAUGGUUCAGUACAGAGAUGGUGAGUCCACAGAGUCAGGAGCCUAAACUGUCUGGUGUACCUUAAAAAACGUCAGUGUUAUGAAUCAGUGUACUGUGCUUGUUCAGCAAAGCACAGCCACGUCUUUCUAGACUACAUAACGCCGUGAUCCAUCAGUAUUCUGGAACAGAGCUUUUCACUGGUCUCAGAGAAAGGCUGGCCAUGGUGUCUGUCCUUUCAGUCCUAGCACUUUAUUGGCUGUGUUAAUUGGUAAUGUAUUAAUUGAAAAUCUGUUUAUCCGUUUGCACUGGUUUUUCCACAGAACGAAAUCAUUCUACAUUUAUUUUUUAUUGUACUGCUUCGUUUUCCAACAUGAAAAUUCUGGCCUUACUGAUGUUUCUUAUUUAAUACCUGUUUACAUUUCAGAUGAAAGGCUGUGGAACAUCUGUUACUCACCUCAAUACUUACACAAUAAAACAUGACAAACGUA